AUGGAGACUCUCAACCCCGCCAAGCCUACCAUCAAAGCCCAAGCUGGUAAAAUCAAGGGACAACUUGAUGAGGCCAUCGGACUUUUACAAUCCCUCAAAAGGCGACACCAAGAUAACCCUGAAGAAACAGAGGAGCUGAACCAACACGUGGCUACUCUAUCCUCCGCAAAGGAAUAUGUCCAAAAGGUCUAUCUCAAUCCAUCCCUUCAGACGCCCAAUCUUGACGACACACUCAGCGACUUUGAAGAUAUCGCCGAAGAUCUAGUUAAUACCCUUGGUGGAAGAAAAGUGUCACUGCGGAUACUCAAGGGUCGCAUUAGUGGCGUUAAAGAUGUCGUUACAGCGCUGAAAAUGCAAUUCCCUGGUAACUUUUUAGAGGUCAACAACAACACCCUUGAGCGUGGAGUGGGGAUCAAUGGUGUUGUUGGGGAAUGGGACGCUACAUUGAGAAUGUUUCAAAAGGUGGAAGGCAACAAGGCCACGGAUGGGAUACAAAUCAAUGGUUUCUUGAAAGGCAAUGCAGAUGCCAUCAACAAGAUGUUUAUCCUUUGCAAUUUGCUACAACCGAGUUGCGUCAAAGCCAAGAUGCAGCCGAGUUCUACACGACUCAGAGUUAUUGGAGGCUUUUCAGGGUCUUACCCACCUAUUGCACAUCUCAGCUUUACCGGCAUGUUCGCAAGCUAUAACGACGUAAGAGAUAAUACAGCCGUCAACGCGUUUCAGUUCAACUCGGCGGCUCACAUCAACGCCCCUCUGAGUAUUAACAUCAAUACGGACAGUUUCACGGAACUUCGCAAAUCUCUCGAGCCGUACGAUUUUGAUCGUGACAGGACCGAACGUGACUCAACACGAGCUCCCGACACCUGUGAAUGGAUCGUCCACGAGAAGUUGUUCCAGGAAUGGUUAAGCUCAGGGGAUGAGACCUUUUGGAUAUUUGGAAAGCCUGGAUCUGGAAAGACGUUCAUUACAGAUUAUGUCUGCACUCAUUUAGAAGGGAGCAAUGUGCUCAUGUACUUCUUCUUCGACUCUGACAGUCCCGAAAUCAGCAAUCUUGAGAGAUUCUACCGAACCUGCUUAUACCAACUGCUUGGCCAAGUUGCCCACCAAGACCGAAAGCGAAUCCUCGAAAUAGUACACAGAGAAGUCUCGGGUGGUUUUCAAAAAGCCAGACUUGUGGCGAAUGCCAUCAAACAAGUCUUGAAAGAGUUUGGAACUGGUUAUCUUAUCAUUGAUGCUAUCGACGAAUGCCAUGGCCCAAAAGAGCUGAUCGCUAAAUUCUUGAAAGACCUUACAGACAUAGCUGGAUUGAAGGUCAUGAUUAGCAGUAGGCCACUUGAAGAUAUGGUGGCUAUCGCCAGUGGCCUUCAGCUUCAGCUCAGCUCAGUGACUGACAAGUCAGACAAAGAUAUCCAGCUGUAUGUGCAGCAUAGGAUGAAGGACCUCUCUUAUGAAGACGUGCCGGAAGUCGAGAGGAGGUUGAUACAAAAGUCAAAGAGCAUGAUUCUAUACGCAAAGGUGAUGCUUGACAUUCUCAAGGAUGCGGCAGUCGAAGAUGAGCAAGACUUGCUGGAUGAACUCGACAAAAUACCACAAGAUCUAAGUAAGAUCUAUGCCGAAACACUGAAAAAGAUCAGUGUUGACUCAGCGAAACAGUUUGUCCGUAAUAUCCUCCGUUGGAUUGCCGUUUGCAAGAGGCCCCCAUCUCUCAGCGAUCUUUGGGCCGUCCACACCAUUCAACGAACCACAGAGUUCAAUGGAGGGUUCAGUUACAACGCUAAGAGGGUGCCAAAUAGGAAAUUGUUUCGAAAUAACCUGUUACGGCAUUGUGUACCUCUUGUAGAGAUUGUGGGCGAGGAUGAGACAGUUUCCUUUAUACAUACAACAGUAAGAGAGUUUCUUGAGGGCAAGAACAUUGAGAGUGAGGAUGAUGAGAAAUGUCCAGACGAGUUUCUCAUUGACGUGGUUGACAGCCAUGGGUUUGCGUUUGUCACAUGCAUUAAUUAUCUUCGAUUGGACCUCGGCGUCUUGAAAGACAAGAAACCUGACUUCUUAAACACACGAAGCUUUCGAGAAUAUGCAGUGACUAAGUGGGAAAGUCACUGCGAGUGGUCACCGAGCUGGGAGUCCAACGUCAUAGCGUCUUUUUGUGGAGAUGAUGUAUUCAGGGUCUGGCUAGAUCGUUGGGCAGCACUUGACCGGGCUUUUCGUUAA